UUUUUUUUUAAUUCUUAAAUUAAAAUUAUUUAUUGAUACAAAUGAAAUUUACUUAUGAUACAAGUAUAAAACUUCCUCCAGUUGACUUGGAAGUAGAUUCUAAGCCAGUCUAUUAUAUCGGUCCCGCAACAAGAGAAAAUCCAAUGUCACAAAUACGUACAAAAUUAUUAGGAAACGUUUAUUUCAAUGAUCCAAAAAUAAAAUGGAAUCGUAUUACACUCCAUUUUACAGGAAAAGCAGGGUUAAAUAUUGAUGCGCCGACUAGUUCAUUACCUCGGGAUGUAGCUAAUUCACAAUCUAAUUUACAGGAACUUGCCUCUACAACUACUCAUCUAGAGACGACAGUUACUCUAUGUGAUGUUGAAAAGGAACUAAUAUACACGAAUGAAAAGGUGAUUGAUUUUGGCUUCUAUUUACCGCCUUAUUUGCCACCAAGUAUAAUAACAGAACAUGCAUUUGUGGAAUAUUCGUUAGCCGUCACAUGUACUACUUCAGGUACUUUCUCGAAGAAACAAAGAGUCGAAAAACCAGUGACGGUAUGUAGACAUUAUUUACCUAGUCCUAGUUCUUUAAUUCCAAGUGUAGAAUACCAUGGAGUAAGAGAAUGGUUUGAAUGGUCUAUAGAAGUACCAAAGGCGACAGCAAUAGAAGCAGGCGAAGUUGUUAUUGCUUUACGUUGGAGUGUAGAAAAAGAGUUAGUUGAAGUAGAUAGAAUUGAAUUUUGUAUAGAAGAAUUAGAAACUUAUAGGUUUAGUACAAAAUCUGGAGUACAUAAUCUAAAACCUAUGGUUACACGAUUUCCUUUUACCGUCUAUCAUCCGCCCACAUUUUCAAAUAGUUCAGAAACUCAUUUUAUUCGUACGCCUAUAUACACUACAAUAUCAAAGAAAGUAGCAAACCCCAUUAGAACACAUCAUUUUGACCCAUUUUUAGAAAUAACACAUCGAAUUAAACUCAAUAUCCAUUUUGUCGCCUCCACGAUCAAUACAAAACCACUUGAACUUGAAUUUCCCAUUAUUAUAACUGAUUUCCCGCCAAAUACUUUUGGAAAUGAUUUACUACUGUCUCCUCUAUCUUCUCCUGAUAAUAAUAAUAAUAAUAGCUCAUUACCACCUCUUAUUCAGCCCGGAGGUGAUGAAGUCCCUUGUAUAGACUUGGAUUUACCAGAAUAUACGCCACGUUAUGAAAGUGUGGCGUCAAAUCAAUCCGCGUCUUAAAAUAAAAUGAUACCUUUAUUCUCUCUCUCU